UAAAAGCAAUUUAUCAGUCAGAGUACUUUUCUCGUAAAAUUCUUUUUGUUUAUAACAAAAUUUAUUUUAUUUUAUUUUUCAAUAGCUGCUCGUGCUGGUGGAGCGAAGAAAGGUAAACAAACAACAAGUCGUAGUAAAGCAAAAGCAAAACAAUCUGAUGAUAAUGACGAUGAUGAUUUAAAAGAAAAUGAUGGCGACGAUGAUGAUGAUGAAAAUGUAUUUAAACGACCAAUGAGAAAAGAACCAAAAGUGCAAACAAUAAGUCGAUCAAAACGUGGUGCGGACACGUAA